CCCUCCCCCGCCGCCUUCCUGGCAUUUGAGUUGCUGUUAGUCUGAUCAGUUCAACGUUGCAGCCCUAUCAGUCCCAUUGUCAACAGGACUUGACCCAAGUAAGCCUCCAUAGAAUUGCUGCCCGGCCGAAUGACCCUUUCCACUCAGAGGUCGGUCCUGGAAGUUUUUGACUAUGCAGAAAGCAAGCCUCACUGGUCCAUAUCAGAUCAGUUCCUUUCAAUAUGCUUGGAGCGGCUCACAAGAUGAGCGGAUAGUUCAGGAUUACCGUUUUGUUUAAGGCUUUCCUUGCAGUGCAGCCCGGUCAUUUUGUGGAAUAACCAGUGUACAGCCGUAGAAAUGGCUUUCGUGCUUUUAGUUUACCGAAGUUCUAACUUUAUGUAUUUUAUUUUAUUUUAUUGUGCACCGCUUCGGUUGUGAAGCAGUUUAUAAAUCUGCAAAUAAACAAAAUAAAGAGGAGCACUCCUGAGACCGUCCCUUUGAGAAAAGACCCACUAAUGGGGGGCCUUGCUUUCUACAGCGAGUCAAGCUAGCUAGCGGGCUCCGUGUAAUGCAGACACUUUCCCUCCGCGUCCAAUUGCAGCACGUUUAUUACCAAAGAAGCAUUUAGCGCGUUUAGGGUUCCAGCCAGUUUCUUUCUGACUUGCCGAAAUCCUUCGUCGGCACCGCCCCUUUCUCUCACUCCUCCCUGUUCUUCGAGACCGCUUCGCAUUCGCUGCCCUCUCGAACGUGAACGCCCACAAACGUUAGGCGGACCAAUCGACGUUUCAGAUCAAUUCUUGGGGGCUGCCGGAAAGUGACUUCCUCGAGAGCUUCAGUCGGAGGCCCUUCGCCGUGAUGGGGAGAGGCAGGAUCACGGGACUGAGCGUGAGCGACGUCCGUUUCCCCACGUCUCUGGCCCACCAUGGCUCAGAUGCUAUGCACCCUGAUCCAGAUUAUUCUGCAGCCUAUGUUGUAAUAGAAACUGAUGCUCCUGAUGGGCUCAGAGGUUAUGGCUUAACAUUUACGCUGGGCAAAGGCACAGAAGUGGUUGUCUGUGCAGUCAAUGCACUCUCCGUUCAUGUAGUCAAUAAAGACUUGGAUGAAAUUAUCAGCAAUUUUCGAGGUUUUUACAGACAGCUUACCAGUGAUGGACAGCUCCGAUGGAUUGGUCCUGAGAAAGGAGCUGUACAUUUGGCCACAGCUGCUAUUCUGAAUGCGGUCUGGGACCUGUGGGCCAAACAGGAAGGGAAGCCUCUCUGGAAACUGCUUGUUGACAUGGAUCCUAAACAGUUAUUAUCUUGCAUAGAUUUCAGAUAUAUUACUGAUGCACUGACAGAAGAAGAAGCUCUUACAAUACUUCAAAAUGGUCUAGAGGGGAAAAAAGAAAGAGAAGAACAAAUGUUGAAAUACGGCUACCCAGCUUAUACCACAUCGUGUGCCUGGCUAGGCUAUCCAGACCAGCAACUAAAACAGCUAUGUACUGAAGCUUUGAAGGAUGGUUGGACCAGGUUCAAAGUAAAAGUUGGAGCAGAUCUCCAGGAUGACAUUCGGCGAUGCAGACUUGUUAGAGAAAUGAUUGGCCCUGAAAAUAAACUGAUGCUGGAUGCUAACCAAAGAUGGGAAGUGAAAGAAGCCAUAGAGUGGGUCAUAAAACUAGCUGAAUUCAAACCACUAUGGAUCGAGGAACCAGUUUCCCCUGAUGAUAUUCUUGGGCAUGCAACCAUUUCUAAGGCUUUGGCACCAUUAGGGAUUGGUGUUGCAACAGGAGAACAAUGCCAUAACAGAGUGGUAUUUAAGCAGCUACUACAAGCACAGGCCUUGAGUUAUGUCCAGGUGGAUAGCUGCCGGCUAGGCAGUGUCAAUGAAAACUUAUCUGUGUUGCUGAUGGCCAAGAAAUUUCAAAUCCCUGUAUGUCCUCAUGCUGGAGGGGUUGGGCUCUGUGAGUUGGUACAGCACCUGAUAAUAUUUGACUACAUUGCAAUAUCUGGCAGCCUUGAGGACAGGAUGUGUGAAUAUGUAGACCAUCUACAUGAACACUUCAAGUAUCCUGUAGUAAUCAAGAAUGCAUCCUAUAUGCCACCACAGGCAGCUGGAUAUUCCACUGAAAUGAAAGAAGAUUCUGCAAGGAAAUACCAGUUUCCACAAGGAGAAAUCUGGCAGACACUGCUAUCUGAACAUAAAAUACAGCUAAACAAAGCUUAAACACUGAAAGUUCUCAGGCUGAAGAUUAAACUCCUCAGAGCUAUUUUAAACAUGGCAACUAGUUGCUUUUGCUCAAGCGACAUUAGGAUUUCAGAUCAAAUUGAAUGCUUUUAGAAAGCUUUCCUCCACUUACAUAACAAAAAUAGAUCGCAUCCCAAUUAUAGAACUGAUCACUCUAAGAAAAAUAAGAGCCUUUUAAUAGUAAAGCUUAAAGGGUUAAUAGUUAAGCUUAAAGGGUAAGUGAUUCAUUUUUUCUGAUGCUAUUCCAAGAACUGCAGAAUUAUAUAAUGUAAGAUUGCACUUUUGAAUGUGCAUCUGCUGAAUUUAGAAGUUUCAAAUAAAGUAACUAUGACUAGAUGCUAAAUGUUGUGAGUUUCAGAGGUCAUGUCAAAAUUCUGAAGAAUGGGAGCUUUAGCCUAGAAACAGCUAUACGGGUCAUCAGAGUGAAGGGAAGACAACAGGUGGCUGCAAGAAAACAGUCAUUACAUGCUAACAGGGUAAAGCAACUAGCAUUAGAUGCAACUUUCAGUUAAACCCCAAGAAAACAGGAUAGGAUCAAGCAUAGGAAAUGGGUCAUCUAGGAAAUAGCUGGGGCAGGGAAGAAUCAUAAAAAGGAGAAUAGAAAGUAAGUGGCAGGGUUCACCUUCUGCCAUCACUACAAUGUGAAGACACUUGGUGAAGUUAUCAAUACUAUGCAGUAAGAACUAUGGAAUACUUCCCAAGGAAAGAUUAUUUAACAUCCUGGAAUAUGUAACUCUAUUUGCACAACUCUAGACAACUCAUGGUUGCUAACACAAAUUAGACACUGUCAGCAUAUUACACCUCUGCUCAGAGAUCUGCACUAGUUGUGAGUUUGCUACCAGACCAAGUUCAUUAGUACAUAAAGCAUUUCUUGGAACCAGUUUACUUGCAGGAUUGCCUUACCCCCAUAUAUGACCACUUUGAUCUGCAGAAUUGGUACUGUUAUAGGUGCUACAUAAUACUUGUUCCACAAUUACUAGAAAUCAAUCUUUUAGUUUGGCAGCACCUAUAGUUUGGAAUUCCCUGCCUAUUGACAUCAGGUGGGCACCUUCAAUCUACUUUUUCUGGCACCUGCUUAAAACAUUUUUGUUUAGGUAAGCCUAUCCAGCCAUGAAGAAGUUUUAAUUUUUUUAGUUUAUUAUUGACUUUAGUUUGAAUGUUUUUAAAAUACUUGUUUAACUGUCUUUCAUUGAUUUUUUAUUCUAUGUUUUUUAUUCUUGUAAACUGUUUUGAGGUUUUAUUACAAUCAGGCAGUGUAU